UCAGCCUUGCCCCCUCCUCCUCCUUGCACUCCAUAACCAGCACCCGCCCCGGACAGCACAGUCUCCCCAGCCCCCAUUCCACGUGGACCAGCCGGGGCGGGGGUAGGGAAGGAGGACAGGAAGAGGGGGAGUCAGCUCUCAGAGGUGGGGGAAGGAGGUUGCCCGCUGGCUGUCGCUGGCCUCACUGCCUGCGUCCCGGUCCUCGCGCUGAGCACCAUGUUCCCCACAGGGUCCUCCAGCCACACCCUCCGCAGGCUUUCCUUGCUGCUAUGGCUGCUGCAGGCCUUGGAGAGGGGUCUGGGCCGCGCCAGCCCUGCCGGAGCCCCCCUGGAAGACGUGGUCAUCGAGAGAUACCACAUCCCCAGGCUCUGUCCCCGCGAAGUGCAGAUGGGGGAUUUUGUGCGCUACCACUACAAUGGCACUUUCGAGGAUGGGAAGAAGUUUGACUCCAGCUAUGACCGCAAAACCUUGGUGGCCAUCGUGGUGGGUGUGGGCCGCCUCAUCACGGGCAUGGACCGAGGCCUCAUGGGCAUGUGCGUCAACGAGCGGCGCCGCCUCAUCGUGCCUCCUCACCUGGGCUACGGCAGCAUCGGUUUGGCGGGGCUCAUUCCCCCGGAUUCCACCCUCUACUUUGACGUGGUCCUGCUGGAUGUGUGGAACAAGGCAGACAAGGUGCAGGUGAGCAUCCUGCUCCGUCCACCCCACUGCCCUCGCAUGGUUCAGAACGGCGACUUCGUGCGCUACCACUACAACGGCACUCUGCUGGACGGCACCUCCUUCGACAGCAGCUACAGUAGAGAUGGCACUUACGACACCUACAUCGGCUCUGGUUGGCUGAUCAAGGGCAUGGACCAGGGGCUGCUGGGCAUGUGUCCUGGUGAGAGAAGGAAGAUCAUUAUUCCUCCCUUUCUGGCCUACGGCGAGAAAGGUUAUGGGACUGUGAUCCCCCCUCAGGCCUCCCUGGUCUUCCAUGUCCUACUGAUUGAUGUCCACAACCCGAAGGACACGGUCCAGCUGGAGACCCUGGAGGUUCCCCCAGGCUGUGUCCGGAGAGCUGCAGCUGGCGACUUCAUGCGUUACCACUACAAUGGCUCCCUGAUGGACGGCACCCUCUUUGAUUCCAGCUACUCUCGCAACCACACCUACAAUACCUACGUCGGGCAGGGUUACAUCAUACCCGGGAUGGACCAGGGACUGCAGGGCGCAUGCAUCGGGGAACGCCGGAGGAUCACCGUGCCCCCUCACCUGGCCUACGGGGAGAACGGAACGGGAGACAAAAUCCCUGGCUCGGCUGUGCUCAUCUUUGACGUGCACGUCAUCGACUUCCAUAACCCUGAGGACCCCGUGGAAAUCAAGACGCUGUCCCGGCCGUCCGAGGCGUGCAAUGAGACGUCCAAGCUGGGGGACUUCAUUCGCUACCACUACAACUGCUCUCUGCUAGAUGGCACCAGGCUCUUCUCCUCCCACGACUACGAGGCUCCUCAGGAGGCCACCCUGGGAGCCAACAAGGUGAUUGAAGGCCUGGACAGGGGCUUGCAGGGCAUGUGUGUGGGCGAGAGGCGGCAGCUCAUCGUACCCCCACACCUGGCGCAUGGGGAGAGCGGAGCACGAGGCGUCCCUGGCAGCGCUGUGCUGUUGUUUGAGGUGGAGUUGGUGUCCCGGGAGGACGGCCUGCCCUCGGGCUACCUGUUUGUGUGGCACGAUGACCCGCCCUCCAGCCUGUUUGAAGACAUGGAUCUCAACAAGGAUGGGGAGAUCCCCCCGGAGGAGUUCGCAUCCUUCAUCAAGGCUCAAGUGAGCGAGGGCAAAGGCCGCCUCAUGCCCGGGCAGGACCCUGAAAGAACCAUCAGCGACAUGUUCCAGAACCAAGACCGCAACCGGGACGGCAGGAUCACGGCGGAGGAACUCAAGCUGAAGUCUGACGAGGACCAGGAGCGGGUGCAUGAGGAGCUCUAGAUCCGGGCUCUGGCCUCACACAAAAACGUCCUCGGCGGGGGACAGUGGCAGCGGGACUGGCCUGCCAACAGCUCCGUCCUCUGGGCAGUGACAACUCUGGGAAGCCGAGGGUCAGGAGACAGCUCAGGCUCUCCCGCCAGCUGUGGGUCACCAGCCAUAGCACCGACUUCUGAGCCCCUUUUCUCCUCCAGCCACAAGCCCAAGUUGCAAACUUGGGGACAGUGGCCAUCAGGGGUUGUCAAGGGUCAUUGCUGGCCCCACACCCUGAUCAUUAGAUUCUUAGCAAAGACAGAGCUCCCCACCCCUCAUUUCCCCAAACUUGCCAGUGACUUGUACUGCUCUCCACCACCCCACUACUCCUCCAAGAUGGCAGCUCCCCGGGGCUGGAAUGGGAGCAGGGAGCCCCCCACCUCCAGCCUCAGCUCUGCAGGGCUCCACCCUCCUCCCUCCCACCUGCCUCCUCCUGGGAGCCACUGGAGGCCAGGGCUAGCUAGUGUGUGCCUGUCAUCCCCAAACAGGGCUCUUUAUCUUAAGGAAAGGCUGCUCAGGCUGGGCCUUCGGGCUGUGGAAAUCUGCAUUUGGUGCUGAUGUGGGCUAAGGGGAGGGAGGGAGGUGGGUGAAGCCAUGGGCACCAAAAGGCUAAACUGGUGUCCAGUCCCUUUCUUUUUUGUGUCAAUAAAAUGUUAAACCCGA